GCGAAGGGCCGUAGCAGGAAGUAUUUGGCUGCUGUGUGUGAGCUGCGGCUGUCGGGUCAGGGAGACAGAGCGCCUUUUUUGCGCGGCUCUAACCCCGGGGAUCGGGUCUUCUUCCUCUGCCAUGUCCCAGGAGGGCAUUCCAGCCGCGCCGAAAAGGAACUCUGAGGAGAAACCCAUCAGCUCAAACAAACCAAUUUCAGGUAAUCCAUGCAAGACUCCAAUCCAGCUGCUGCACGAAUAUGGAAUGAAGUGUGGCAAACCCCCAAUUUAUACCUUUGAAAAAGCAGAGGGUCAAGCACAUCACCCCAGUUUCACCUUCAAGGUCUCUAUCGGGGAUAUAUCUUCCACAGGGGAAGGGCAAAGCAAGAAAAUCGCAAAACAUAAAGCUGCAGAGUCUGCAUUGAAUAUACUGAGAGGAGACAAAAGCGUGCUGUUGCCUACGACUGACCACAUAAUUCAGGAUGCCUGUAAACAACCCAAUCAACUUCAAGGCAAUCCGAUUGGUACAUUACAGGAGCUUGCAGUACAGAAGGGAUGGAGACUUCCUGAGUAUUGUGUUGCGCAGGAAUCGGAAUCUACUGCCAAAAAUGAGUUUACUAUAAGCUGCAAAGUGGAAAACUUGGUAGAGACUGGUUCUGGUAUAUCCAAAAAGGUGGCAAAGAGGAUUGCUGCUGAGAAAAUACUUUCCAAAUUGAAAGCCAUUCCUCCUGAGGAUAUUAGUUCCUUGGAAAAGGUAAUUGGAAACAAUCUUGAAUGCACUUGGGAAAGCCUGAAAAAAUCUUCUGGAGAUAAAAUAAACUUGUUGAAAAGAAGCCCGUUAAGCAUUCCCAACACUGAUUAUGUGAAGGUGCUUGGUGAGAUUGCAGAUGAGCAGGGAUUUCAUAUUUCCUAUUUAGAUAUAGAGGAGCUGAGCGUCAAUGGCCAGUACCAGUGUCUUGCAGAACUGUCCACGAAUCCUGUCACAGUGUGCCAUGGAACGGGAAUUUCAUGCGGCAAUGCCCACAACGAUGCUGCCCACAACGCACUGCAGUAUUUAAAAAUCAUGGCAGGAAGAAAGUGAAGUGACAGGAAUCUAUGGAAAGCAGAACAUGUUCCUACAAAAACUACUACACUGCCUACAAAAAUAAAACUUGUUUUAAAUUCAA